UGGAGAAGGAGGAGCGCGGCCAUUGACUCACACAGGGACUCCGCGUCGGCCGUCUCUCGCACACUCACACACACAGAGAGAGAGAGAGAGAGAGAGAGGCGUGCGCGCACACACCCUGUGUGCGAUCUCCUCGGGCUGCGAUCACACUGUAUGUACAGUAAAGAAAGGAGGAGGGAAGUGCUGUGAGAAUGAGCAGGACACCCGGACACCUUUGUUAGAGCCCGUGUCCAGCGGGAGGACAGGAGACUGAGGAGAGCGGAACCCGUGGGACACACCGAGGGCAUUUCCUGGAGAGGGUCAACGCGGUGCAGGAGCUGUCCCGGGUGCGAGGCGUCAUGGCGGAGCCCGACUACUUGGACGGGGACUGCGGGGAGCUCAUUAAGCCCAAGAAGCUCGUGAACCCGGUGAAAUCAUCACGGAACCACCAGGACCUUCAUCGCGAGCUGCUGAUGAACCACAAAAGGGGCCUGUCUCCGCAGAACAAGCCGGAGCUGCAGAAGGUGAUGGAGAAGAGGAAGCGGGACCAGGUGAUCAAGCAGCACAUGGAGGAGCAGGAGAAGAAGCGCUCGGACCUAGAGAUCGAGCUCAUGAAGAGGCAGCAGAAACUGGAGCAGCUGGAACUGGAGCAGCAGAAGAAUGAGGAGGAGCAGGAGAACACACCCGAGUUUGUGAAGAUGAAGGGGAACUUGAGGAGAACCAGGCAGGAGGCCGAUCAGCAGGAGCAGCACCCGUAGAUCUGGGGGGGUGGGGAAGGAGGGAGGGGUCUGGGGGCACCCGUUGCCAUGGCAUCCCCGGUGCCCCCAAAUUCAACAGACUUCGCAAAUGACAAGUGACCCCAGGUAGUUUGGAGAUGUCCCUUCCGACCCCAAAAAAUGGGCAAGUGGCUGUGGGGGCAAAAUUUGCCAUCAGUCGGGGGAAGGUGGACUCUGUGUUCCCCCGGCAAAAUGAAAAGCGUUUUAUUACGAUUAUUUUUUUUAUUUUUAUUUUUUUUUUUGAAAAAAAGCAGAAAGCCACUUUUAUUUUCCAAAUUGUGAAUGGAAACUCGGUCACUGGAUGGACUCGCAAAGCCGCUUUGACAUCAUCUGCGAGGCAGGACUCAUACUGUUAUUUAUGUCUUUCCUUUAAUUGCAUACGCUGGUGUGGGAUUUCACAUUUUCAUCCCCUCUACUCCCAACUCUCUGCAUUCUAUCUCCCUCGGUUUCUUCAUAUAGACUGGAGCCCAUCUCCUUCUCCAGGUUUUAAACGGACGGGGAGUGUUGGGCUGUGUGAUUCACCUUGCUUGCUCUUUUUUGUAUAUGUUUCUCUACAUAUCCUUCUUUUUUAAAAUAAGUAAUAUUAGGCGCCUAGAACUAAGAGUGUACUUUAUUAUGAUUAUUUUUUGGUUGUUUUAUAAUAAAUACCUACUGGAGGACGAGUGUUCCAGUGCUCACCUGUC